CUUCAUACUCAAUUCCAAAAACCCUUCCAUUUUGUUGAGUCCACGACAAUGGAAGACGAUUCAUUCAUAGUAGAAGAAUGGAAUGGAUCAUCUUCAACAAAUCUUACCAAAACAGCAACCAUCAUAACUUCAAAUUCUUCAAUCUCAAUCCGAAGAAGAUCAGGCAGCCGAUUCACUCACAUUUGGAGCAAUAUUCUAAGAGCAUUCGUCCCCGAGGGAUUCCCGACAAGUGUGACGCCGGAUUAUGUUGAAUUUCAGAUAUGGGAUUCACUUCAGGGUCUUUCUACUUAUGUGAGAACUAUGCUUUCUACUCAGGCUCUUCUGAGUGCAAUUGGGGUUGGUGAAAAAUCAGCUACUGUUAUUGGUGCAACAUUUCAGUGGUUUUUGAGAGAUUUGACUGGAAUGGUUGGUGGUAUCCUCUUCACAUUCUAUCAGGGUUCGAAUCUUGAUAAUAAUGCGAAAAGGUGGCGUUUGGUGGCUGAUUUCAUGAAUGAUUUAGGAAUGUUGAUGGAUCUUGUUUCUCCUUUGUUUCCUUGGGCAUUUGUUUAUGUUGUUUGCUUAGGGAGCUUGUCCAGAUCAUUCACUGGCGUUGCAAGUGGAGCAACUCGGGCUGCCUUGACACAGCACUUUGCGCUUCAGAAUAACGCAGCAGAUAUAUCUGCUAAGGAAGGUAGCCAGGAGACGGUUGCAACCAUGGUUGGGAUGGCUUUAGGGAUGGUUCUUGCACGGUUCGCUACAGGACACCCUUUUGUUAUAUGGUUUUCAUUUUUGUCGCUCACUAUAUUCCAUAUGUAUGCAAACUACAAGGCUGUUAAAUGUCUUAAGUUGAACACAUUGAACUGUGAAAGGUGCUCUAUUCUUCUGGUACACUUCAUGAAAACCGGCCAAGUUCUUUCUCCUGAUCGGGUCUCUACGAUGGAGCAUGUCAUACCAUUAUGGAUGAUGAAACCGUGGAGUUUGAAGAAUGGGAAGCUUUUGCAUGACCGUGUUCGCUUAGGUGUCAGAGUUUCGUCGAUUAAUGACCAGGAAAUGUCGAAUGUCUUAUGCCUCUCGGGAUCACGUUACAGAAAAUCGAAAUAUUUAUUAUUUCAACAAAAAGGAGAUGACAUCAAAAUUGUUAUGCACAAGGAUUCAACAGCAUUGGACACUUUGCAAGCAUUUGUUCAUGCUAUAGCCAUGGCAAAUCUUGUAAAUGAAAAACCAUCUUCGGGUUCAGAGAGUUUCUCGUGGAUGGACAGUCAUUACCAAGACUUUAUCGUCAAGUUACAAUCGUCAGGUUGGAAAACAGAGAGGCUUUUGACACAUUCAAUCUUGUGGAGAGCAAAUUGGCAGACAAAACCAUCGGAUUCAAAGGAAGAAUAGGAGAGAAUUUAAGAAAAGGCAAUUGAAGAUUAGCGAUGAUAAUGACAAUUUUUAUUACAUUACGAGAAUUUUAACAGUGUUAAAGUGAAGUAUGAUGUCUUGCAACAGAUUGCAGUUCAUGAAGUACUUAUUUAUGGAAACUGAAUCACAGGAGUUUUGAAGUU